CUCAGAAGUUGAAAGUAAACAGAGCAACAUGAAACUAUGAUAGAGUACUUUAUUACAUCUUUUCAAAAAAUAUACAAGAGAUUUGAAGUUUCAGUUAUGUCCCGUCAGCGCAUCUUCGUGAUCAGCGUUGUAAAACGUUUCUGUCAAAAUCAACUUUACUUACAAUGAAGACAAUGGAAAAGUUUACAGUCGCCGAGAAGAGGUGGUUGCUGGUCGGGAUGGCUCUGCACAAAAUCGUCCACCCGGCGAUCUGCCAGGCCCUGCGGACUGAAGCGGGACACCCCGUACCGUACGGCUGUAUGGACAUUUCUGAGGCUAUAGAGCAGCUCUGCAGCAAAACCGUCUUUGAACGUCAGCUGAAGGACGCAGCCACGCAACUACGCUCGAAAGUCCGAAACAAGUGGGGCCAUCCCAUCAUGAAUGAGUGGAUCACCAAGGACCAUUUCCACCAAUGCUUCGUCGCCAUGAGAAAGGUCAUUGACCUUCUGCCGUUCUCCAGUCCUGCCGUCAGGGAAAGAACCAGCAUGCGUCUGUCGAGGUUUGAAACGGCGGAUUCCAUGGGAAAUAUCUUACUCAAUCCCUAUAACUUCUUUCCUGGUGGAGACAACGGACAAACUGUGGUGGUGUCCCAUCAGCCCUCCUCAGACUGUUGUGAGGCGUGUGGCCACACUCCCUACCCCUCCCCUCCUGGCCAAAAUCACCCCUCUGCCGCCAAUGGGAACCACCCAAUUUUGUAUUACAUAGAAAAGAAGGUACGUGGCAAAAACGUCAAGGAGGCAUCAAAUUCCACGUUUUCUUGGCUACACCUCGCAGGCGGAGUCACGAUAGGGGUUGCUGUGGGGAUCCUCCUCGCAAGUGUUCCUGGGAAGUGUUGUGGAGUAGUUCGUGACGGGUCCUUGCCGAUUUCUCUCCUCAAGUUGCAAGAUAUGAUACAAGCAUACAGUCAUCUCCGGUUUUCAGGCUGAUAUUAUUUUUUGUGCUUGCAAGCAAUGAGAUGCACUGAACAGAGUUUUUCCACCAAACUUCA